AUGGUAAUUCAAAGACGUCUAAGUGCAGUCUCUUCUGAGAGGUUCAGUCCAGAUACGCUCUCCUUAACUCCUGCUUUCACUAUUGCCUUAGACUGGUCAAAGAACUUGCAGUCAUGCUUUUGUCUUAAAAUACCACCACUGCUCAGUGCUCAACGUUCUUUAAGCAGACUUGUUCUGUGGUUCAUAUCAACUUACUUUUUAUCAUAG